AUGCAGGGCGCAAUCGUAACCCGAAUCGACCACUUCCACGGCACCAGUCGUCGGGCUCAGACCAAUUCUACUCCCAAACCUGGUCAGGCCGACCUCCCACCAUACCCCGGCCCUCCCACCGGUAAAGCACUGGAUAAUGUCUUCGUCAAACUCGACCACCGAACGAUCAAUCUCCACGGCCUUACCACCACCAGCACCGUUCAAGAGCUGUAUGACAAGCUGAAAAAAGAAGCCAAGGUCAGUCAGGCUAACACCGGGCUGAUCUUUGGGAGUAAGGAGUUGAAACCCAAUCUGACUUUGAGGGAUGUUGCGAUUGACAACAACAGCACCAUAUUCGUCUUCGACAAGCUCAUAGGCGGCCGAUGCUGA